AUGAAUAAUUCAUCAUCAAUCAAUAUAGCAGACUAUACUUGUAGUAUUUGUCGUGAAAUAUUUCAAUCACCUGUUAGCCUGUCUUGUCCACAUGCGUAUUGCCAAAGUUGUAUUAUUGGUCUUAGGAAGCAUCCAAGUACAUCGACAACAUCAGAAUCCAAUCCUGUUUCGUCACUUCGCAGCGACAGUGUUAGCCAUUCAAAAACUCUUCAUCAACCUAAUCAAUGUUUUGUUUGUGCUAUUUGUCGGAAAGAAUCACUAGGUUUUGUACGUUAUCGAGAAUUAGAAAACGAAUUAAAUACACUGGAAACAUCAUGUUCCAAUUGUUCAACGAUAUUUACAUUAUCUGAGUUACGAAAACAUUUAGAAACGUGUGAGUCAACAGCAGCAAAAGUUAACCGGAGGAAAAGCGACUCGAAACCUAUAGCAAGACACUUGUCGGAAUCACAAGCUGACGCAUUAAAAAGGGCACAAGCAGGUGAAAAUCGUUCAACAUUCGAAUGCCCAUUUUGUGCAAGAGCAAAUUUUACUCUUUCUCAUCUUCGUCAACAUAUUAAAAAACGACAUUUAGGAGAAGAUCAACAUCGAGUUUGUCCGAUUUGCUCAUCAAUGCCAUGGGGCGAUAAAACUAUGAUUUCAUCAAAUAUCUAUCAGCAUAUUAAAAAUCGUCAUCAAUUUGAUUACGAUACUUAUGUGAAUUAUGAGAAAGAUGAAGAAGCUAUGAUUCGUGAAGCUAUGCAAGCAUCACUUGUUGAUCACUGA